AGGGACAAACAGACCGAUUCAUAAUAGAAUACGAAACUCGAAAAUCCUUCCUUUUCUUAAAUCUCAGAAUCUCCAACUCUCUGUAUAGAUCGAUUCUAAUUUUCUCCUUUUGUACAUUUAUUUAUAUACAUACAAAAAAACAUCAAAUCUGUUUGCGUGAUCUGUAAUUGAAGUUGGUCCCUGAUCGCGAUCAAGGAGCUGGUAAGGUUGAUUAGUUAUAUGCUUAUUCUGAGGAAUGGUGUUCAAGAGGAAGCUAGACUGCGUAUCUGUUGCCUUUGAUUACCCCAAUGUUCCCAGAGCUCCUCGUUCCUGCAGGAGGAAGGUUCUAAACAAGGGAACCGAUGAUGAUGACGCUAAGAUGUGUGCAAUGGACUUGCUCGCUUCUCUGGCUGGAAAGAUACUAGAGGAAGGCCAGAGUUCCUCAGCCUCUUCCAAUGCAUUUUUUGAAGUUAAUAAUCACGAAGUUAAACAAGAAGACCAUUACAAGCCUCUUAAAUCUGAGUCGUCUGACCAAGGAAACUCUGUUUCAAGACCUCCAUAUGAAGAAAACACUAAUGACAAGUGUGUGGUAAACAGCUUCUCGUUUCCUGAUAACGACGAAGGCGUUUUGGAGCGAACUCCGAUGUCUGAUCAUCACAAGAAGAUUCAUGGGGAGAUUGGUGGUGGUCAUGGGAACGCUGGGUCUGAACAAGGAGUAGCAACAACCCAUGGCUUGGAAGAUGGAGGAGGCUUAACCACUAACACUUGCCACUUAGAGGAUAAAACUGCAUUAGGUGUGCAGUUCCCUAAACCAGUCUGCGUGGAUAUGACGAUCCCUAAUGGUUCCCUUGCUAGACAUGGGAAUCAUACUAACCUAGCUAGAGAUGAUGAUGAAAAACUAUUUAGUUAUCGUAAAUGUAGCAAUAAGUUUAUGUCGUAUAGGAUAAGAAAGUCCAAAUAUAGGAAACAAGUUCCUAAGGAUUAUGGACACUACAGAUCUGUAGAUGUUGGCGUAAAGGUUCUUCACCGGAAAAGAAAAUCAUGUUAUGGAUACAACGGAUGGCUGCGUGAGACCAAGACCAUUUAUAAGAGGAGAAGAUCACCGGACCGAAGCUCGGUUGUAACUUCUGAUGGUGGACUUAGUAAUGCAAGUGUUUCCAAGUUACAUGAGAAGCGAGGUUCAGUAAAGCUAAGUAUCAAGUCCUUUAGGAUUCCAGAGCUUUUUAUUGAAGUUCCAGAAACUGCAACUGUGGGAUCACUGAAGAGGACCGUGAUGGAGGCUGUCAGUGUUUUACUCAGCGGUGGAAUACGUGUUGGGGUAUUGGUACAUGGGAAGAAGGUCAGAGAUGACAAGAGAACUCUGUCACAGACUGGGAUCUCAUGUGAAGAGAAUCUAACCAACCUUGGGUUCACCUUGGAGCCUGGCCUCAGCAAAGUUCCCAUACCUUUAUGUUCCGAAGAUCCUGUGGUGGUUGUGCCACCACCAACCGAGCCGACAAGUUUAUGUGAACGGUCUGCGGCUUCUCCCACGUUAGAUUCUGGAAUUCCUCAUGCAGAUGACGUGAUUAUGGACAAUAAUAACCUCGAGUUAGUUCCAUACCAGAGUGAGAUAUCUAUUGAUGAACCUUCAUCAGAUUCAAGAGCGCUUGUUCCACUCCCAGCCUUAGAGGAAGUUAAGGCGCUUGCCAUAGUUCCGUUGAACCAGAAACCUAAGCGUACAGAGCUUGCCCAGCGCAGAACCAGGAGACCUUUCUCUGUGACAGAGGUAGAAGCUCUCGUACAAGCAGUUGAGGAACUCGGGACUGGAAGAUGGCGUGAUGUGAAAUUGCGUGCUUUUGAGAAUGCAGAUCAUCGGACCUACGUGGACUUGAAGGAUAAAUGGAAGACGCUGGUUCACACAGCAAGUAUAUCACCGCAGCAAAGAAGAGGAGAGCCGGUGCCACAAGAACUACUAGACAGAGUGUUGAGGGCAUACGGGUAUUGGUCGCAGCACCAAGGGAAACAUCAUGCGAGAGGAGCACCCAAAGAUGCAGACACGAACAGAGGUGGAGCUCUUGAAUCAGGUGUUUCAGUGUAAAAAGGAGGCAAGUAUUGGUGGGUGUACAGAUGAAAACAAGAAUAAUAAUUGUAAACUCGGUUUCUGCAUAGAUUAAUCGUCUUUCUACUAAAAUACAAUUUAUUUUUUUGGUUUGGCAUUUUGUAAAUGACUCCACAAAGUUUAGCUUUUCUGUACUUGUUUAAUCUCAAACUGAUUAUGUUGUGUAAUAUGGUCGGUCCAGAAUGUAAUUCUAGACAUUCUUUUAUUA